AUGUUCCGCAGCAUAGCCUUGCCCAAACCCUUGAAGGAUGGCCGUCUGCGCGCCCCGCCACACGAUAUCGCGGCCUGGAUCCUGGGUCCAGGCAGGCGCAUGUUGACCACGGUUCUCGCACGUACGGUGCAUCAGAUUCGAAGAAACAUGACCUCAAGCCGGCUAUUGAGCUUUCCUCAUUUUCUCUUCCUGUUUUGGAUGGCCAUUUUGCUGUGGGGCGAGAGAUGGAUAUUCGAGACCAAAGUGCACCGGUGCGACUGGGCCAAUUGGGAGAAUUGGCCCAAAGGAGCAAACCCCCAUCACCUUGUUCUCGUCGCCGAUCCGCAGAUUGUCGAUCCGCACUCGUACCCGGGUCGUCCGUGGCCUCUGAACCCCUUGACCAUUCUCGUCACCGACAACUAUUUGCGCAGGAGCUACCUGGCCGUGCAGCGGCAUUUGCGUCCAGACAGUGUCUUCUUCCUGGGGGACCUGUUCGACGGCGGACGAGAAUGGAAGACCCGGCAGGGCACCGCCUUCGUAGAUCCCAAAUGGGGCAGCAGUCGGUCGGAUACGGAGAAGAAGUGGCUGAAGACCUGGCAUCGAAAGUACGGCGAGGACUUUUGGAUUCGGGAAUACAUGCGCUUCAGCAACAUCUUCUUCAAACCCUUCAACGAGGCCGGCGGAGUCCCGGGGCCCUAUCAACGGGGGAGGAAGCUGGUGGCGGGCCUGCCGGGAAACCACGAUCUUGGCUUCGGCGCCCAGAUCCAGCUCCCUGUCCGCGACAGGUUCGGCGCCUUCUUUGGCGAGACGAGCCGGGUCGACGUUGUUGGAAACCACACCAUUGUGUCGGUCGACACCGUCUCCCUGAGCGCGGACACGUCCCUGUACAAGGACAGCCACGAUCUGAAGCCCAUCUACGGCCCGGUGCACGAGUUCCUCGACCAAGUGCAGGCGAGCAAGCGCAAGGCCGUCCAGGAGGAGCUGGCCGUCUGGCACGCAAAGGAGACGGACGUCAAGCUGCGCCACAAGGUCGAGGAUGUCGACCACGCAGACUUGACGCGAGUAUUGAGAGACCCGGGCCCCGGAGCGGCGGAUUUCCCCACGAUCCUGCUGACCCACGUGCCGCUGUUCAGACCCCCCGGCACGCCGUGCGGGCCUCGUCGCGAGCACUGGCCGCCCAGCAAAGCCUCCCUGAAGCCGGACGGAACCGUCGACGCCAGUGUCCGCGACGACCGCAACGCAAUCUCCGUCUCGGCCGGGUACCAGUACCAGAACGUCUUGAGCGAGGACGACUCGGUCAAGCUCCUCCAAAAGGUCGGCAACGUGGUGCACGUCUUUUCCGGCGACGACCACGACUACUGCGAGCUCGUGCACUCGCCCGCCAAGGGAAACGUCCGCGAGAUCACCGUCAAGAGCUUCAGCAUGGCCAUGGGCGUCCCCACCCCCGGCUUCCUCAUGGUCAGCUUGUACAACCCGGUCGACGAGGAGGGCAGGCCGGCACGCGGGCCGUCCGAGGCGUCUCUGCAAACCCACCUCUGCCUGCUGCCGAACCAGGUCCGCACGUACGUCAAGUACGCGGCGCUCGCCAUUGUCUCGCUGGCGCUGCUGUGCGUCCGCGCGCUGCUGGUCCCGGUCCUGCGCCUGACGCCGUUUGCGCUCGAGCCGGAGACGACGCCGGCAGCGUCCGCGCUCCCGAUGUACAGGGACGCCAAGGCCAAGGUCGAGCCGCCCGAGCACGGGGCGUCGCGGGCCUCGUCGCCGGGGGCCACCACGUCGGGGGCUCGGGGCCACUCGGCGGCCGCCAACGGCAGCAGCGCGAGAUGGUCCUCCAAGAAGAGCAAGAGCAGCCAGCGAUGGGGGUGGGGCGGCCCGGAGAAGCGCGGGCCCAGGAUCAAGCUGGACAAUCACUUUUACGACGGGCGGAAGCCGUGGGCGUUGGGCAGGAGAACGGCGGAGCUGGACACGAUGCUCAGGGAGCUGUGGACCACGGCGUGGCGGCUGACGUGGUUGACGGCGUCGUACUGGGCGUAUCUGGCGAGCAAAGGCUGA